GGGGUGGGACAUGGCUAGAGGCCAGAAGGUCACUGAACCUGAGGAGGACAUAGUGGGCCCAGGUAAGCUGAAGGGAAUGUUGAAAGUCUACAAUCAGAGGCUCUGGCACUGGGUAGUGGUUUCUCUUCCUAUCGGAAGGAAGGGCUAACCAGGGUGGUCAGAAGCUAACUAUGGACUGAGCAAAUCUGUUGCACAAACCCAGGACUGGUCUUAUUCUACAUCAUGAUUGAUGAUCUCUCUGAAGACUCUCUUAGGCCACAGUCUAGUCUUUAGUCCAUCUGGGAGAAUGCAUAACUCUUCCAUCAUAAUUUCAGGCAGCUUCCCACACACUGCGGAAAACUGUAAGAGAAGCCUUUUCCUGUUAUAAGGAGGCUUUGGACAGCUGGUGUUCAUCCUGACUGUUGCCUCCCUUUCCUUUAAAUAUCAGCCACCCAGGCACUGAUUUUGCAGAGCAGAGGUUUUAAAAUCUGAAGGGCAAGUUCAAAGGUCAGAAUGCUUCUCUGGUUUGGAGGGGAAGAAAAUGCUACAGUAUGUCCUGCCACUCUUGUGUAUUAGGCCAGACUUCCUCUUUGUAGUGAGGGUAUCUAUAGGUUUCCUGCUCCUGGUCACUGGAGGAGUGGCAGAGUAUAAGGAGCUGGCCAUUGUCAGAGUGGAAUGACCAUGUGUCUGGGGUGCCUGUGGUAAGGGUAAAGGACCAAGCAUGAGCACAGUAGGAACUGAAAGUGCAGGAAAUCGUAGAAAAAGAAAGCUAGUGGGGUUUGAUCAUUGAGAAUCGAGAGGGGUAGCAAUUCCCAAUCAAGUAUAGAUUUGACUCAGUUAUAUCUCCAGGCUGACUUCCUUGAGGAAAGGGACUCCAUAACUGCGUCAUGCUCCCCUCUUCUGCUGUGGCCCAGCGUUCAGAGCAGGUGUUAAUAAGUGCCUUUGAAUGCAUGGAGACAUGCACAAGGACACAUGCCCAGUGCUGCUGGCUGAGGUAGCAUCUCUAGGCCUCAGUGAUAGGGCUGUUUUCCUGCGAGUAAUUUAUAAGAGAACUCCCUUAAGAACCCUGUGGAUGAGAGCAUGUUGGGAGUUCACCUGGAAAAGGCUUUGGGUUCUAGGUAUGCCUUGACUCUCAUCAGAACUAAGGGUUUUCUAUUAGAAGGAAUGUCUUCUAAGGUUUUUAGCCAAAUUCCAAUGAGCCUGUCCCCAGGGAAAAUCCUCCUGAAGUCCUGCUCUACUUAUCCACAAACCUUUCUGGCUGAGAAGGAAGAACCUGGGUCCUAGGCCUGGGCUGGGUUUAUGGGAGCUGAGGCCUAACUGGGAGUGGUUAGCGUUGCUCAUGGAUGCCAGAAUGGGACAAUGGGGGAAUCAAGGGUAGCGAUACAGAGAAACAUUGCUCAAAACCUAAAGGUGAUUCAAAGUGCCUAGAUCAAAGGGAGCUAGGCAGUAAGAAAAGAAGGAGGACUGACAUGUCCAUUUGCAUAUAGAUACAGCAAGUGGGAACUGGGGGACCUGGUGCUGAAACCAGAACAUUUGCCAGCAGAGCUCCCCAGGGACCAGGUGAGAUAAGAGAGAAGCAGCCCACCUUCCCAUGAGUGACCAUCUGGACACUAUAAGAGAUGUAGCUCUUCAGUUAGGCCUAUUCUAGAGGUUGGCGGGGCAAGGAUUUUGUAUCUGUCCCUCUAAGAAUUUGAUUAAUUUCUGGAAUCUUAUAUGGGCCUAUAAAAAUUCUUAAGUUCAGCAGACCCUGGUUAAUUUCCCAGACUCAGCCUUUGGGUUUCAUUGUCCAGAGUAUUCUUCCAUCUUCUCAACUUGUUUCUUCUUUGCACCAUGGUUAUGACUUCCUAUGAGGCUUGGCAAACACAGGAAGUUAUGUAGGUUCAAGGAUAUCCUUUGGUGGGGACUAAAGAGUGCCAGCGAUAGGAAGGCAGUGCUCUUUCUAGGGCUGUUCUCAACUUUGGGAAUGAGCCUAGAUCUCCCUUUAGCCCUUAGUUCUUUUGUACCUGCUUUGUGUCAGACCUUGGGCUGGGUUCUGGAGGCACAGAGAUAACUAAGAUGUGUGUUAGGGAGAUACAGAUAUCUUAAGCGGAUAAAGAAGAGAUGGCUAACUCAGCUUUCUAGCAUGGUGGAUGUGGUGUUAGGAUACGGUUAGGAAGUGGGGCCUAAGGUUGAGAAGGCAGGGAAAGGGAUUCCAGGUGGUGGAAGUAGCAUGGGCCAAAAUUUAGAGGGGUGAACUGAAGUGUUUCAGUGUGGGCCAGGUGUUGGGGUGGCUGAGGGAGGUGGGGGAGUGAAUGGAGGCCAGAAAGACCGAGAAGUUUGAACUCUAUCCUGAGAGGGAUAGGAAGCUUUGAAAGGUUGUAGAAGGGAAAUGACUUAUUUGGUUCAGGCCACUUUCCUGAGCUGUAUUCCUGCACUUCUGCUAGACGCUGUGUUUGUAUUACUCAUGACAUAUUCCUAGCACUGAGCAUCUAGCUUGGCAUGGGGUAGGGGUUUGGCAAAUUUUUAUUGCCCUUUUGCUGCCUUCUCAAACUCAAAGUGUCACAGAAUGACCUCGUGUCUUCUUUCCUUGUCCCCUUGGUUCCAUCAACCACUUCUGUCUUGCCCCCAUGCCUCCAUCUCUUUGUCUUUCUGUCUUAAAACAUGUGUUCAUUCUGAAGUGCCCAGCUGCCAGUCUGCCCUGAGGGGCAGUCCUUUCGGUUGUGGUUACCAUUUGGCACCCAGAUGGCUCAUAAGGGGAAAGUUCUGCCAGACAUCAGAGGAUAGAUUCUACUCAAAGCUUCCUCUUCCCAGGUCUCAGAUUUGAAAGUAUAUAAAAAUAGGUAAAAUAAUAAAAACAACUGCAAGGAAAGCAAAGAAGCAAAUUGUACAGAAGAAAGGAUUCUGUUGAGCCCCCAACUAGGGACCAAGCGUGACUCAAUAUCUCGACUGAGGUGGUCAAAAUCUGCUGAUAGUGAGUGCUGCUUCUGCUUUUCUUCUUCUUUCUAAAUUAUUUUAUUUAUAUUUCAAAUAGGUAAUAUAUGCAGCUGGUACCACAUUUGCAAAGUAUAAAAGGCACACAGUGGAAAGGUGAAGGUCCCUGUUCUGCCCUGACAUCCAUUGAUAAAUACUCCCUUUGCAUAAAGUGUGUGUGGGGGGCGGAGGCUGGAUGUGCACAUUAUGCAGUUUGAGGAAGAAGCACAUCUUGACCAGAUUGGCCAUGUCCACUGUUCCAAAUCAACCACAGGGUCUCCAGGAUGAGUGUCAGUACCUCCUUCAGCCGCAGCUGAUUGUCCGGCGCUUGCUGGAUGUGGCGGUGCUGGUUCCUGGCCGUCCCUCAGAGCAAACCCUUUCCCCCCACAAUCGCUCAGCCCUGUACAAAGUGUUCGUGCCCAGCUUCACUUACAGGGUUUCAGCACAGCUGGUGUGUGUGGGGGGCUGUGGGGUGUCUGCCUGUCCCCUGACACUGCGCCUACGUCCCAAGGCCCCACCCCUGCACAACUCAAGCUCUGUGGCCUGUGGAAGUGCCUCAGUAUGCCAGCUGGAGCUGGCAUUGCCCCCCUGGGGGCACUGGGUCUACGUGCGUGUGGAAACACCAGGCCGGGGCUCUGGCAGGACCAUCCGCUUCCAGCUGUGUGUGCGGUUGCAAGAGUGCCCGCAGCCCAGCCUGUCCCGUGCCCUAGUCCCCGGAGCUGCCAUGAACAUGCCCCAAUCAUUGGGCAACCAGCCAUUGCCCCCAGAGCCACCAUCUCUUGGAACUUCUGUGGAAGGGCUUGGGGCCACAUCCCCACCUGAGCACUGCUGGCCAGUGCGGCCGACUCUGCGCAACGAGCUGGACACCUUCUCCGUCCACUUCUAUAUCUUCUUUGGCCCCAGUGUGGUCCUUCCCCCUGAGCGCCCAGCUGUGUUUGCCCUGAGGCUGUUGCCAGUGCUGGACAGUGGAGGCGUCCUCAGCUUGGAGCUCCAGCUCAACGCGAGCUCUGUGCACCAGGAAAAUGUGACAGUGUUCGGAUGCUUGACUCACGAGGUGCCCUUGAGCCUGGGGGAUGCAGCAGUGACCUGUUCCAAAGAGUCCCUGGCCGGCUUCCUCCUUUCUGUCAGUGCCACCUCCAGAGCAGCCAGGCUGCGAAUCCCAUUCCCGCAAACCGGGACCUGGUUCCUGGCCCUGCGCUCCCUGUGCGGGGUGGGGCCUCGGUUCGUGCGGUGCCGAAACGCCACUGCUGAGGUGCGGCUGCGCACCUUCCUCUCGCCAUGCGUGGAUGACUGCGGGCCCUAUGGCCAGUGCAAGCUGCUGCGCACGCACAACUACCUGUACGCGGCCUGCGAGUGCAAGGCUGGGUGGCGGGGCUGGGGCUGUACCGACAGUGAGGAUGCGCUCUCCUACGGAUUCCAGCUGCUGUCCACACUCCUGCUCUGCCUGAGCAACCUCAUGUUUUUGCCACCCGUGGUCUUGGCCAUUCGGAGCCGGUAUGUGCUGGAAGCUGCUGUCUACACCUUCACCAUGUUCUUCUCCACGUUCUACCAUGCCUGUGACCAGCCAGGCAUUGUGGUUUUCUGCAUCAUGGACUACGAUGUGCUGCAGUUCUGUGAUUUCCUGGGCUCCUUAAUGUCUGUGUGGGUUACUGUCAUUGCCAUGGCUCGUUUACAACCCGUGGUCAAGCAGGUGCUGUAUUUGCUGGGGGCCAUGCUGCUGUCCAUGGCUCUACAGCUAGACCGGCAUGGACUCUGGAACCUGCUCGGACCCAGUCUCUUCGCCCUGGGAAUCUUGGCCACUGCCUGGACAGUACGCAGCGUCCGCCGCCGGCACUGCUACCCACCAACGUGGCGCCGCUGGCUUUUCUACCUGUGCCCGGGCAGCCUGAUUGCCGGCAGCGCCGUCCUCCUCUAUGCUUUUGUGGAGACCCGGGACAACUACUUCUAUAUUCACAGCAUUUGGCAUAUGCUCAUUGCCGGAAGUGUGGGCUUUUUGCUGCCCCCUCGUGCCAAGACUGACCACAGGGUCCCAUCUGGAGGGCGGGCCCGGGGCUGUGGUUAUCAGCUAUGCAUUAAUGAACAGGAGGAGCUGGGUCUUGUGGGCCCAGGUGGGGCCACUGUCAACAGCAUCUGUGCCAGCUGAGAGGGGCUUUGGGCCUGGCCCUGGGAGGAUAUGAAUCCUUCCUGGGGGCAUGGAGCCCUCCCAAAGACAAGAGACACGCUGUAUUUCUUCAGGAUAUGGAGUCUUUUUCAAGGACUUAGAACUCUUCCAGGGACCUUGAGCCCUUCUUGGUACAUGGAGAACUUCUUGUGGGCUUGGUGUCCUCCUGUAUCCAUGGAGUCUUUCGUAAGGAUUGGAACCUAUGCAAGGGCACAGAGCCCCCUCAGGACCACGGUGUCUUUCCCAAGGAUAUGGCGCCCUCCUAAAGAUGUGGAUUCCUUUCCAGGGAGACAAAGCCCUUUUAGGAACGUGGCAUCAUUUCAGAGGAAAUGGAAUCUAUCUUGGGGAAACUGAGUGUCCAGAUUUUCCCAGAGGCUCAGCAACUCUGGCCUCAGGCUUCCUGCCCAGGGAUGGCAUCUGGACUGGCCUGUGCUGGGAAGGAGGGAUUGCAGGGAUGAAUGGAACUCAGGCCAGCUGGGGUGGCUCGUGUCCUGAGUUAAUGCAGGUGGAGUCUGUGUGUCUCCAAUGAAGUAUGUACUGAUUGUGUGCUGCCUUUUUUCCUGGGGUCAAGAGUGUGGGAAAGGGGGGAAAGAGUGGAUCUGAGGAAAGGUGAGGUGAUGGGAGCCCAGCCGCAAUGAGCUGCUGGGAGCUGCUGUCUGAGGUUUUGCACCACGUAGGGACUUGCCCCAUUCUCAUGUAGUACCUGUUUUCAUUCUAAACACUUGUUAAUUCCUGUUCCUCAAUUCCUGUUGAUCUCAGUGUGCAGUAGCUGAGAUGUGUGCAUGUGUGUGCUUGUUUGGGCACGUGUGUGCACGUGCUGAGAUGGUUUAUAUCAGAUAAACUUUCCUGUGGUGUCCACACACAACACAAAGGAAGCCAGGGUCCCAGGAAAUUGGAGUAGCAGGUACACAUCUCAAGAAGUAUCACAAGAAAUAACUUCUGUUUUGAGCCCCCAUUUUUCCUGAGUGCCAGAAAAGAUCAUUUGUCAAUUCAGGGUUUCUUAUUUUCCCAUAAGGGUCAUAGUAGGUUCUGUGAGUCUUACAUGUUGCCAAGAUGUUAAGGGAGUGUUCUCUGUGGUCACCAGUGUUCAUACUUCAUUAGUCCCCUGAGAUUUCCAUCAUUAUACCUGGUCCCCAGUUAGAGGUCCCAACAAGUCAUCUGAGGUGCAGAGAGGUUUCCUGUUCUCAUCUCCACAACCCAUUCAUUCCUAGGGUUCUCUUCACCACACCCACGCCAUAUGCAAAGACCCAUGAGGUUAUCCGAGGCCUCUCUACAUUCCUGACUCCUCUCUCUUCCUCCCGCUUUUGUUAAUAUGGAGGUGAAGAAGCCUUGCUUUCACGUAUCUUGUUUUUUCCCAAAUCUUUUUAUCUAUGCCCUAAGUCUUUUCUCGAUCCUUCAGAACCUAGGUUUUUGAAAUACAAAAGACGGGGAAACAUUCAUAGUUCUCUGUUUUCUGCAAUCACAUCUCUUCCUAGGGCCACUGAGCAGAGUGGCCAAAUGAAUGGUGAGAAGGAGUGAGGGGGUAUGGACUGGCUAUCUGUUCCUAUCCCCUAGUAUUAUUCCAUCUUAUUAAGAUGUAUAGAGCCAGGUCACUAGGGUGCUUGAAUACAAAUAGCUGGAUUCAGGACACAGCUGGAUUCAGAGUACAGAAGGCACUGCAGAGGGAGGCAGAACUUGGAAAUGCUGGAGUCAGAAGGGACUUCCUGGGAAAGGUGGUGGUGGGGUUCGAACGGGGAUUAAAUAAGUUGCCAUAAUGUCAAGAUGUUGGGACAGUUCUCUGUGGUCACCAGUGUCCACAUUGCAUUCCUCCCUUAAGACUUCCAUCUUUCUUUCUGGUCCCCAGUCAGCAAAGCACUUAGAAUACUUAAUACAGUGCCUACCACCUGAUGUCCAUUAUAUGUCACUAGAGGUCACCAAGUGUUUGGAGAGGGGGAAGGAAUGGAGGGGGCAGACGCAGUGGCAGGGAAGACUGAUAUUUACUCAUCCCCUGAGGGGGGAUGUGGUGUGUGUGUAGGAGGCAGCGGAGGUGAAUAGUGAUGCGGUUGGGCAGACGGGGGAACCAUAGCCUUUUUUCUAUGGGAAAUGAGGAGCCAUUGGAGAGAUUUAAGGAGAAGAAUAACAUGAUCACUUUGGUGUUUUGAUGGUGGGGGCAGAGGAUGGAUUUGGGGGAGAGUUUGGGAGACAAGUGUG